AUGUCGUGUAACAUCGGAUAUUAUAAAAGUGAAGUGGAGUUCGAUGGAUGUGAUAGAAGCGUUCAGAAGAAUGACAAUUGUUUAAAUGUUAAUGAAGAUAAAUAUUAUAGUUUGAAUGAAGCAUUGAAUAUAGCAGGUACAGGACGGUACAGCAUCACACUCAUGGCGGUGACUGCGCUGUCCAUCCUGUCGAUGUCUGUGGAAAUGUUUGGUUUCUCCGUCAUCAUUGGUGGAGCCAGGUGUGAGUUCCAGCUGAGUUUAAGUCAGAAGAGCGCUUUGCUCUCAAUGCCAUUUAUAGGACCCGUGGUAAUGUCAUAUUGGUGGGGAUACCUAUCAGAUACCCAGGGUCGCAGGAAGAGCCUCUUGAUAGCAAUGUGGGGCAGCUUCGUGGUGUCUGCACUCAGUGCUUUGUCACCUCACUACGUAGUCACUGGGUUACUCAAGUUUGUGAGCACCAGUUUAUGCAGUUGCGCACAAUCCACAGGCUACGCCUUGCUAGGAGAAGGCUGCUCGCAGAAGGCCCGGGGACCUUUGAUGCUGCUCAUAUCUUCGACUGUACACUUCUGUCCCAUCACAUACUUCAUUCUAGCCUAUUACAUCCUCAAUAAUGAUGUUUUAAUCCACCUGGGAACCGUCGCCAUCUUACCCUGGAGGAUCCUCGUCUUAGUUCUGGCUAUACCACUGGGACUUAGUGCGUUAUGCCUACACUACAUCUAUGAGAGUCCCAAGUUCCUCGCCAGCGUCGGCCGCAGCGAUGAAGCUUUGGAGGUGUUGAGGAAAAUGUGGUGCCGCAACGGAAAUAAAGGUCCGUUUCCGGUCAAAAAAUUAAUAUUUGAAGAGGGCAACACGAACGAAAAACAAUCACUUCUGAAAUCAAUGUGGCAACAGACGGCACCACUCUUCGAAAAACCACUGCUACUCCAAACCCUCAAAUUGUAUUACCUGAUCACCAUACUGUACAGUAUAACGAACAGCGUAAUUAUGUGGUUGCCGUCCAUAGCUGAAGCAUUCUUCUCUGCUCGUUCUAGAAGUACUCAUGGAGAACAGAACGGGGGUCUAUGCGAGAUGAUUGGUCAGGCGCAGAAUAAUAAUAUCAGUUAUAACAGUACCACAUGUACAGCAACUUUAGACCUCGAAACUGUAUACUUCGGAGUAGGACAAAGCCUCAUCUUCUUCGUGAUAACCGUGGUGAUCGCCGUGCUGGCGUCCAGGAAGAAGAUCUUGAUGCAGAUCUUACUUUUGGUGUCGGUGGUCUCCGGCGUAGGAGUUGUUCUCUCCACCAAUCACAUAGUCAGCUUCAUGCUGUUCAUGGGACUGCUGGUGUGUGUACUCUGUAUGGGGAUCGUGUUCUCAUAUUUCGUGGAUCUGUACCCUACAUCCCACAGAAGCAUGGUGGCGUGUUUGGGCACCAUCAUCGCACGCGCCAGUGGAUUGGUUGGAGUCAACGUCAUCGGUCUAUAUAUGAUGUCACACUGCAGUAUCACCAUAUAUGCGUGCAGCGCCUACGUAUUUAGUGGGUUCAUAGUCACAUACUUCCUGCCACCAGAUCGACCGAAGACUUUGGUAAAAGUUAUUACCAACAGAUAAAUGUUAC